AUGGAUCAACAUCCAGUUGGACCGGCUAUGGUUCACCCAUCUGAAGCUGCAACAAAAGGGCCAAAUUGGAGGGAUAUUUUUGAACCAGGAGUCAAGCAUGCUUUGGUUGUUGGGGUGGGGAUUCAAGUACUUCAACAGUUUUCUGGAAUAAAUGGGGUUCUCUACUACACUUCCCAAAUUCUUGAGCAGGCAGGCGUUGGAGUGCUUCUAUCAAAUAUGGGCAUGGGCUCAGCCUCUGCAUCGCUUCUUAUUAGUGCUAUUACGACUUUGUUGAUGCUUCCUUCAAUAGCUGUUGCCACGAGGCUUAUGGAUGUCUCUGGCAGAAGAUUGGACAAGGUACAUAUAGCAGCAUCUAUCAUGCUUGUAAUGUUGAAACCAGUCAGAUGCAUAUACCUUGUUUUUGAGUACAUGGAACAUGAUCUCACCAGAUUAUUAUCAUGCCCUGACAUCAAAUUCAGUGAUGCGCAGAUUAAGUGUUAUAUGAAGCAGCUAUUGCACGGAAUUGAGCACUGUCACUCAAGAGGAGUAAUGCAUCGAGAUGUAAAAGCAUCCAAUAUUUUGGUGAACAAUGAAGGCAUUUUGAAGAUAGCAGAUUUUGGUCUGGCUAAUUUCCUUAGUGUAAGGAACAAGCAACCAUUGACCCGUUGUGUAGUAACUUUAUGGUAUUGGCCUUCUGAACUUUUGUUGGGGUCAACAAAUUAUGGGGUAUCUGUGGAUUUGUGGAGUGUGGGCUGCGUAUUUGCUGAACUUUUCAUUGGAAGGCCUAUACUCAAAGGGAGAACAGAGUUGCACAAAAUCUUCAAGCUUUGUGGAACUCCACCUGAUGAGUACUGGAAAAAGUCUAAGGUCCCUCUUGCAACAAUGUUCAAACCCCAGCAUCCUUAUGAAAGUACUCUUCGAGAGAGGUGUAAAGAAUUCCCAAAAACUGCUGUGAACCUAAUAGAAACUUUUAUUUCCAUAGAACCUGAUAAGCGCGGGACUGCAUCAUCUGCCCUUGAUUCUGAGUAUUUCAACACAAAGCCUUAUGCAUGUGAUCCUUCAAGCUUGCCAAAGUACCCACCUAAUAGAGAGAUUGAUGCAAAGUUCCGUGACGAAGCACGGAAGUGA